AAAUACAAAUAAAUAUAUACAGAGUACACACAGAGCAGGGAAGAGAGACGAGAAUUAGCAAAUUGCGAAGCCCUAAAGAAAUAUCUGUAUUUUCUCUCCCGCCGAUAGACGACGAGCAAUGUCUUCGCUUGCUGCUCCCCAUAUCUGCAUCCGAUUUCCAGAGAUCCAGAAAUCAAAGAUUUUUUGCUCCGGUGUUCAGUUUAGAAAAAACACGAGUCGAGUGUUUGCAGUAAUGUCUGCUGCCGAAGAUGUGUCAAAUUACAUACCCGCUGCUCCGAUUUUACUGCCAGAAGGGCCAUGGUAUCAGAUUCCAGGUGGAGUUACAGCUGCAAAGGGUUUCAGAGCUGCUGGAAUGUAUGGUGGAUUACGUGCUGCAGGAGAGAAGCCCGAUCUUGCUCUGGUUGCGUGCAAUGUAGAUGCAGAAUCUGCUGGUGUAUUUACAACAAAUGUUGUCGCAGCUGCUCCUGUGUUAUACUGUAAAGAGGUGCUGGAAAAGUCUGCAACGGCUCGUGCAGUCCUCAUAAAUGCUGGUCAAGCAAAUGCAGCUACGGGUGAUGCAGGUUACCAAGAUGUUUUAGAAUGCUCCCGUGCCCUGGCAGAGUUGCUGCAACUGAACCCAGAACAAAUAUUGAUUGAAUCCACUGGUGUGAUUGGCCAACGUAUCAAGAAGGUUGCUCUUGUCAACUCACUUCCACAUCUGGUAAAUCGGUUGUCAUCGACUGUUGAAGGAGCAGACUCUGCCGCUGUAGCAAUAACUACUACUGACCUUGUAAGCAAAAGUGUAGCUGUUGAAACUAAGGUAGGGGGAGCUCAAGUAAGAGUUGGUGGUAUGGCAAAGGGUUCGGGGAUGAUUCAUCCUAACAUGGCAACAAUGCUUGGGGUUAUAACAACUGAUGCAUCAGUUACAAGUGAUGUAUGGAGAAAGAUGGUGCGGGUGGCCGUAAACCGUAGUUUUAAUCAAAUUACUGUAGAUGGAGAUACCAGUACGAAUGAUUGUGUAAUUGCUUUAGCUAGCAGCCUUUCAGGAGCAAACAAGAUUUCUUCCUUAAAUAAUUCUGAUGCAGAGCAUCUGCAGGCAUGUCUCGAUGCGGUAAUGCAAGGUCUAGCAAAAUCAAUAGCUUCUGAUGGUGAGGGAGCAACCUGCUUAAUCGAGGUCAAUGUAUCUGGAACAAGCACCGAAGGUGAAGCAGCGUCAGUUGCCCGAUCAGUGGCAUCGUCUUCACUAGUCAAGGCUGCAGUGUAUGGGAGGGAUCCUAACUGGGGGCGAAUAGCUUGUGCUGCCGGAUAUGCGGGAAUUCCUUUCAAUCCAAAUAAACUCCGAAUAUCUCUUGGUGAUAUUCUCUUAAUGAACAACGGUCAGCCACUUCCAUUUGACAGGGAGGCUGCUAGUAAUUAUCUCCGCAAGGCAGGUGAAAAACAUGGGACAGUAGUUAUCCAAUUAUCAAUUGGUGAUGGCCCAGGGAGAGCACAAGCAUGGGGCUGUGAUUUGAGUUAUGAUUAUGUCAAGAUAAACGCAGAGUACACAACAUAGCCCAUACUUGAAAAUCCAUUUUGCAGAGGGUAGGGGAUUAUGCUGUAUUAUGUAUGUAUUCAAGCUACAAUUGUACUUAUAACCAACAGGGUUUUUGGGUGUAAUAAUUAUUCCCUCCAUUCCAAAUAAAAAGUGUAUAAGAUUUACAAAUAAUAUAUUUUGUUCUUAUAAGUACAAAAGAAAAUUAAAUAAAUUGAAUUGCAAUAAAAGGGUUCUAAAUCACCUCACAUGCAUUUUACAGUUUACUGCUAGUUUAUGAAUGCCCCUAACGAUCAAUCCCAAAUAUAAAUUUCCACGGCCAAAGAUGCAAUUCAAGAAAAUUAAAGAGACUCUUGUUACAAAACAGUUAAAACGCAAGGAAACCAACAAGAUCCCACACACA